UUGAGAAAAGGAUGAUGAAUAUAUUGAUAUUUUUUUGUUGCUUGUGUUUAGUGAUUAGUCAUUAUGUUGGUGGUAUUCAAGAUAGCUUGAAGGAAGAGAUGGAGUUUCAGACAAACCCAAACCUCACUGAUAAAACUCCAAUCAAGAUUAUUUAUACAGAAUUUAAAGAAAUUGUUGAUUGUAUUGAUAUUUACAAACAACCAGCCUUCGACCAUCCUUUACUAAAAGACCAUAAAUUACAGAUGAAACCCAAUUUUGAAAAUUUAAUUGAAAAAAUAUUUGCGAAUAAUUCACAAAUUGGAUCCAUGUUUGGGCUUGAUAAAGAAGAAUGUCCACCAGGAACAGUUCCUAUACAAAGAACGAAAUAUGAUAUCUCUGAAGAAAAAAUAUUAAAUGAUCAUAUAUUACUUAAAGAUAUCCCUGGUGUUCAUGUCGUAGAAAUAUCUAUGCUACAAAGACUUGCUCCUUUUUAUAAAGUUAGUGGAAUAAGUAGCAUUUAUAAUCCAAAAGUUGAGAAAGGUCAAAUCUCUAUGGGUCAUAUAUGGGCUGAGAAUGGACCUGUAGAAUCUUCCAAUAGAAUAACUGUUGGAUGGCAUGUACUUCCAAAAAUAUAUGGUGAUACAAGAACACAUUUCUAUAUAUCAUGGACGUCAGAUAAUUUCAAGAAGACAGGAUGCUACAAUACCAUAUGUCGAGGUUUUGUUCAAGUUCAUGCCAAGAUUUUUCCUGGUGAAUAUUUUCGUCAAACGUCUACCUAUGGUGGACCAACUUAUGAGGCUUACAUGGCUAUCACUCAGGAUCCAAAGACAAAAAAUUGGUGGAUAAGUUUAGGAAAUGUGAGCAUUGGAUAUUAUCCAGCAACAUUAUUCUCGAACUUAGGGUCCGCAUCCAUUGUAGGGUGGGGUGGGAGAACGAGAGCCAAUGUUGGUGAUCUUAGUCCUCCAAUGGGAUCUGGGCAUUUUCCUAAUGGAAACAAGACUCAUGCAUCUUAUUUUAGAUCUCCCAAGAUUCAAGAUGCAUCAAGAUAUGUUUAUGAACCUGAUACUUAUAUGAUCAAAGUCUUCUCUGAUAAUACGAAUUGUUAUGGUUUUGAAGGAGAUUUUGACAAGGUUCAACAUGAACGUAUCUUCCAGUUUGGAGGACCUGGAGGAAAAUGUGGAAUUUAAUUUUCUUUAUAGUUAACCUCUAUAUGAAUUUUAUGAGUUUAAUAUUAAUCAUCUUUGUUUAGUAUAA